AGAGUCAACAUGGUACCGACAAGCAGGAGACCACAGCUGCGCUAGCCUGAGAUAGACCUCUGCUCCUGCACGCAACACACUUUGUGGACUAUCCUCACACGGAUGAGAUAGCUAAAACUCUACAGUGAAGUGUGCAGGUUGGAUCUUAUAGAUCUGCUGCCGCUCCCCUCCUGUUUCACCUCCACUUCCCUCCUCGCACUGCUCACAUCAAUAUGGCGAGUGGGGAUGAUGAUGACCCCAUUAUAGAAGAGAUUGAUGUGUACCUUGCCAAAAGCCUUGCAGAUAAGCUGUAUCUUUUCCAGUACCCUGUGCGACCAUCCACCAUGACCUAUGAUGAUGUCAACCACUUAACGGCUAAGAUCAAACCCAAGCAGCAAAGGGUGGAGUUGGAAAUGGCCAUCAACACAAUGAGUCCAAACUACUGUUGCAGUAAGGGGGAGCAAAUAGCUCUGAAUGUGGAUGGCACAGGUUUUGACGAAACCAACACCUACUCAACGAAAAUGAUGGACAAACAGACCUUCUCCUCCAUCCAAGCCACCACCAACACCUCCAGAUAUGCUGCUGCUGUGUUUCGCAAAGGUGAACUUCACGUCACACCUCUGACAGGAAUCCUCCAGAUGAGACCAAGCUUCUCUUACCUGGACAAGGCUGACAACAAAACCAGAGAGAGGGAGGCAGCCAAUGAAGGUGGAGACUCCUCCCAGGAUGAAGCUGAGGAGGAAGCCAAGGCCAUCACAGUGAGGUUUGCCCGUCCUGAGUCGGAGCAGGCCCGGCAAAGGAGGAUCCAGUCCUAUGAGUUCCUCCAGAAGAAGCAAGCAGAGGAGCCCUGGGCUCACCUGCGCUACCAUGGGGUCAAGGAUGGUCGCUCAGAGCAUGAGAGGCAGUACCUGUUCUGUCAGUCGGUGGACGCCUCAGAGAACUCUGAACUGGUCAAAACUCCUAAGGAGUACCUGGCGAUGCUGAUGCCCCCACUCGCAGAGGAAAAAGUUGUGAAGCCUGUCGGUCCCAGUAACGUGCUCUCCAUGGCUCAACUCCGCACUCUGCCUCUGGGAGAGCAAGUCAAGACCCUGAUGAAGAAUGUUAAGGUGAUGCCGUUCGCUAACCUAAUGGGCCUCCUCGCUUCUGGGACAGACUCAACCUCAGUGCUGCGCUGCAUCCAGCAGGUGGCACUUCUGGUUCAGGGCAACUGGGUUGUCAAGAGUGAUGUUCUGUAUCCUAAAAACACCUGCAGUCCUCACAGUGGUGUCCCUGCUGAAGUGCUCUGUCGUGGCAGGGACUUUGUGUUGUGGAGGUUCACUCUGGAGCGCUCUGUGAUGAGAAAGGAGAUUGCAUCCAUCAUCAAACUUCCUCCGGAGGAUGUGAAGGAGUUCCUGGAGCACGUGGCAGCGCCGCGGAUCAACCGGGGCUGGGAGUUCCUGUUGCCUACUGAUGUAGACUUCAUUAAGAAACACCCAGAUGUUGCCCACAGGCAACACAUGCUGUGGCUUGGCAUCCAGAGCAAGUUGGAAAAGGUCUUUAACUUCUCUAAAGAAGACUUCACGCCAAAGAAUUCCCCUCAGCCUGAGCCCGUCCAUGUCAGCGGAGAGCAGCGCCUGAAGAUGGCCCAGGAGCGAGCAAAAGAAAAACAGUCGUCCCUACAGAAGGACCUGGACGCCAGAAGAGCAGGAAGCAGCAUCCACAUCAAACAGGAACCUGUCAGCGACAAAGAAGAUGACCAUAUGGACACCUCCUCUCCCCCCUCCUCCUCCUCCAUACCCAACGGUUCCAUAAAUGGGUACCUCAGUGCCACCUCCCCCGGCUUCGAUCACACUAACGGAAACACGCCAUCCCUGGAGCUACAGGACUUUGUGAUAAAGACUUUCAGGAAGCAUUUUGUACUGACGCUGAACGAAUUAAAGAGGCUGUUUAACCUCCAUCUGGCUUCCAUGCCGGCGGGACGGAGCAUCUUCCCCUCCAUCUCGGACCACAUGCUACAGGACGCCAUACUCCUCUGCCAUUGCAAACAGAUAAUGGUGCCUUUUCCUGCUCAGAGCACAGCAGCCCCCGAUGAACAAAAGGUGUUUGGUCUGUGGGAAACUGGAGAAGAGUUCGACAAGCAACGUCGGCUGCUGUACGACCUGUUCACAAAGAACUACCGGGUCAGGAGGAACAUGAUACAAGCCAGACUGGCUCAGGAGUUUGGAGACACCUCUAAAGCCGAUAUCGACCGGCUGCUCAAGGAGUGCUGCAGCAGCCACGCAGGGAUGUGGUAUCUCAAGGGAACGAUACAGUCCUGACACUGAGAUCCUGCCCCCUGCUGUCACCGUCAGCCAAUCAAAUCCUCUCCCGGGUGUCCAGUGGGAGGGCGGUCAGAGAGAUGAGAGCCAGUCACAGCUCGCCCAGCUCUGAGGGCGGGCGACUGGAGGACAAAGAUGUCAGCCGUCUGCUCUGCUCAGAACACGAAGCUUUUCUCGUUUCAGCUGAAGCAUUUCUGACGUUAACGUGAGCACUCUGAUGCGGCACAGAGGAAAGGAACUCCUCACAGAUGGGGAAUCUGAGGGGCAAAAUAAUCACAUUUAAAAAAAAAAAAAAAAAGAAAUAGCGAGAUACAUACGGUUUAUCAGUA